GGAUGCCGGGUGUCGGCGCAGCCGCGGCGGCCGCGUCGUCCACUCCGCGUCCCUUUCCGUGCACCUGAGCUGCUGCCCCGCGGUCCUGCGGCUGUUCCUCCCGCCGCUGCGGGCCGCGGGGCCGAGGCCAUGUCCCGAAAGCAGGCGGCCAAGAGCCGGCCGGGCAGCGGCAGCCGGAAAGCCGAGGCCGAGCGCAAGCGGGACGAGCGGGCGGCGCGCCGGGCCCUGGCCAAGGAGCGGCGGAACCGGCCGGAGUCCGGCGGCGGCGGCGAGGAGGAGUUCGUGAGCUUCGCCAACCAGCUGCAGGCCCUGGGGCUGAAGCUGCGGGAGGUGCCGGGGGACGGUAAUUGCCUGUUCAGAGCUCUUGGUGAUCAGUUGGAGGGACACUCACGAAAUCAUCUCCAGCACCGACAAGAGACCGUAGACUACAUGAUCAAGCAGCGGGAAGAUUUUGAACCCUUUGUAGAAGAUGACAUUCCCUUUGAGAAGCAUGUGGCCAGUUUGGCAAAGCCUGGUACAUUUGCUGGCAAUGAUGCAAUUGUAGCCUUUGCAAGAAAUCAUCAAUUGAAUGUGGUGAUUCAUCAACUUAAUGCCCCUUUGUGGCAGAUUCGCGGUACAGAUAAAAGCAGCGUGCGGGAGUUACACAUCGCAUAUCGAUACGGUGAACACUAUGACAGCGUUCGGAGGAUCAAUGACAACUCGGAAGCUCCUGCUCAUCUCCAGACCGAUUUUCAGAUACUUCAUCAAGAUGAAUCAAAUAAAAGAGAAAAGGUCAAGACAAAGGGAGUCGACUUUGAAGAUGACCUGCGAGAUGAGGUGGAAGAUGCAGUUCAGAAAGUUUGCAAUGCGACUGGCUGUUCAGAUUUUAAUUUGAUAGUCCAGAACCUGGAAGCUGAAAAUUAUAAUAUUGAAUCUGCAAUAAUUGCCAUGCUUCAGAUGAACCAGGGGAAAAGAAAUAGUCACAAACAAGCAGCGCCGAGAGCAGCAGCGCUUAGAGAAGAAGAAGCGGCAGGAGGAGCGGCACCGUCUCAAAGCCCUAGAGAGCAGGAGCAGCCACAGGGACAGCGGGAGCGAAGCGGAGGCCAGCGAGCAGGUCACUUUGGUGAAGACCUUCGCUGCUCUCAACAUCUGACGCCACUGCCUGCGGGAGUCGUAAGAAGCGAGUGGAAGUGGCGUGCUGUGCCCCGGCUUCCCAGGAGGCGGGCCUUCGGACCACCCACAGAACCCACCCAGGAGCGCACCUCGGAACUUAGCUGCCUUCAGAAAAAUAAAAGGUCACUUGGCCUGUUGCUAAGUUUUUUAGUUUUGUGAAAAUGGAAUCCCAUAAAAUGCUGCAUUGAUUUCUCUUUAUACAUACCCUUUGGGAUUCUGACCUUGGCAGAACUCUCCAGCGCCCAUCCAGACUGUCAGGGAGUUGGGUGGGACCAGCAGGGCAGAGGGUGUGCUUUGGCUGAGGACUCUGGGUGACUCCGCGGUUCUGAGCGAGACAGAUCUGAGCAGUGGAGAGCCGUCAUUCGGUGGAUGUGAGCUUUAAAACUGACGUCAGAAGUGGCCAGUCUUGGACAGUCUUUGCCUUUGGGGGACCUAAUAUUUCAACAAAUAAGGUAUGCUGAAUCAAAAGGUGAAUUGUUACCUCCCCACCUCAGAUCUCAAAGGCCCGAGGCAAGGAAACUAUGAGAGAGUACUGACCUGUGUAGGCAUAUCUCCUGGGCUGGCCCUGGAUUCAUCCAAUUGUCUGUCAGGGUGGUUUGCUUUCUUCAGAUUAAUGAUGUUUUAAAUUUUUGCUUUUUUUCUUUGUGGUUGGAGCAUCAGUUGUCUCUAGGAAUUGCUCCCAGGACAUUAUGGUUUGGGCAUCUUCCUGGAACAAUACAUCGUAGUACUUAGCAGGCUGCGAGGCUGCACAGUCUUUUCCUUGUACCUUGUGGAGUCCUGAGUAUGAGCGCUAGAGCUCAGUGCGCGUGAGGGACGGGUCCCUGCGGCCUCACUGUCCCCACGGGUGAGGUCAGGGCUUUCACCUCUGGGCGGAGUCCUCACUCUAGCUGAGCUGCUCUGAAUGGACAUUCCUUGUCUGUUGUGUACUACGAGAGUGGGGGAGACCGCAUUGUCUCAGAACAGGCAAGAUUGUGUGCCACAAAUUCAGCAGAAUUAGGACUCAAAAAUAGCGUUAGGGAGACCCAUUGUCCGAAGUGGUGGAAUUGCUUUAUUUACUUGGUUAAUGAAGGUGGCCUUGGGCACUACUGGUCUUUAAAAGUUUUAGAAGCUGCUAAAAAAUUAUCUAUCCUAUAUAAUAAAACCCUAAUAUGCAAAUCGA